GCGAUCUUGUCUCUGUGGUGGUGGCUCGCGUCAUGGAUCGCGAGGCAACAAUUGCACUUGCACGGCUGAUGCGGUGCGUUUGUGGCAUCCUCACAACAGUCCAGUUCGCGAUCGACCACAGCGAUGUGCGUGAGCUACACCAGAGCUUUGCAGAGGCGACCAACUCCUCCCUCCAUCGAGCACGGGUUCAGGGUGAUGAGCCCACGGCGUUGCCGACGCCGAGCCGUGGACAUGUGCUGCGGAGAGAUGAAGGCCAUGGAGGUGCAAUCCAUCCUGAUGAAGAAGGUCAAGAUCUGCCGGAGGA